GAUUUUUAUUUUAUUCCAACCCGCAGUCCUAAGGCCUCUGCUCAGCACAUCGAAGCAGAUUCAUUCCUUUUAACCAUACAAACAUCUACAACAAUUCCUCAUCGAUAAAGCACAAUUGCAGAAACAAGACAUCAUGUCAACAACCUCAUCCUCAGAGCCCAAACCAGGCGAAGCGGGAUACGUGAAUCCGCGCGGAAUUCCGCAGGCGCCGUUUAUCGAGGCGGUAGAGGAAUAUGUCCGGAGUAGGGAUCAGGUCGAGUCGAUCUUGCAGUCGUUCCAGGAGAUGCUGAGUAAAUACAAAUACAUGGAAAUGAGCACUCUCCGUCGCGCGGCGGGAUUGCGGGAAAAGAUACCAGAUAUUCAAAAGACUCUCGACACAGUGUUAUUCCUGGAUUCAAAACGGGACGCCGAGGAGCCUACGAUGCUCACCACAUUCGAACUUAACGAUACCCUCUACGCAAAGGCGAACGUGACCGCCUCAGACUCUGUCUACCUCUGGCUAGGCGCAAACGUGAUGCUCGAGUACCCCAUCGCCGAAGCCACCGAUCUUCUGACUGCGAAACUAAAGGCCGCGCAGGAGUCGCUCAAGCUGUGCGAGGAAGACCUGGAGUUUUUGCGCGAAAACAUCACGACCGUCGAGGUUAACACCGCCCGGGUUUAUAACUGGGACGUGCAGAAGCGCAGGGAGGAGAAGGAGGCCGGCGAGAGAAUAAAGUGAAUAGAUUGUGUUUGAAGGGUGUAUUAGUAUAUAUAACUGAAAGA